AGCAUCCCUCCUUCCUUUUUUCUUUUCCCGCACUUAAACACGCAUAUAUACCGUAACAAAUGACGCGUGAAUACUUGUCGGCUUGUUAUGGCGAUGAAGGAUCUCGGUAAUGUCCUUUCAAAAUGCACCUGAACACAAUUGGUUUGCUUACGAAUGAAUACGGUGUGCGCGAUCGGAUCCUUAAUAUAUAGCAUCACACAAAUUUUUGAUCUUGCAUUUGAAUCGGAUCGGGAUCCCUGGGCACCACGAUCUAUAUUAGUCACCGGCGAUUCAGGUGUAGGAAAGACGACAGUACUGAAUAUGUUGGCUGCAGAGCAUCGACUAAAGACAUGGCGGAUAUCGUUGGGUGAACUGGCAGCACAAUAUGAUGGCAAGCUCGGUAUAGGAUUAGAACGCGUAGCAUGGCAAGCCAGGGAAGAGUCCAAGGGCAUCAUUUGGAUUGAGGAUAUAGACUUGUUUUGUCCACAGCGUGGUGAAGCACAGGAUACGGGUUUUCUCCAAUCAUUACAUCGUAUCGUUCAUGAGUUAGAAGGUGUACCUCAUGUUGUUCUGGUAGCAACAAGUCGCGAUCCAUCUACGAUUGCCUUAGACGCUCGAAGUUUAUUCGAUGACAUGGUGACAUUACAGAUACCCACACCAAGUGAACGUCUAGCACUUUUACGUUGCUUGGUAAAACCAUUAGAUUUGGCAUCGAACGUUAAUUUAGAGUUAUUGAAUGCACAAGCACAUGCAUUCGUUGCGGCUGAUAUGGCAAGAUGGUGUCAUCUUGCUCUCGAAACUGCUCGUUAUGGACAAAUUACCUUGGCUGAUUUUGAACAAGCCAUAAAACGAAUACGUGUCAGUGGAAUUCAAAUGGCAGAAAAACCAGAACCAGUGCAAUGGGACGAUAUUGGUGGAUUAGAAGAAACCAAGAAAGCACUUGAGGAAUCAAUACUUUGGGUGUACAAACACAGUGAUGCUUACAAGCGAUUGGGAGUGCGUCCACCACGAGGUGUUCUACUCUAUGGUCCUCCAGGCACAGGCAAAACCAUGCUAGCUAAAGCCAUUGCUACUGAAUCAUCAGCCAAUUUUUUACCUGUGAGCAUACCGGAUUUGAUUAAGGGCGAGGUAGGCGAGUCGGAAAAGGCCAUUGCAAAUGUAUUUAAAGUGGCAGCACGAUGUAGUCCCUGUGUAAUCUUUUUGGAUGAACUUGAAGCUAUUUUCGGUACGCGUGAAACAAGCGGUGAUGUUGGUAAAAAGUUGAUCUCUCAAUUCUUGAUUGAAAUCGAUCACGUCGGAAAAGCGGAUCAAGGAGUUCUGCUACUUGGUGCCACGAACCAUCCAGAUGCUAUUGAUCCUGCCAUCUUACGACCUGGUCGACUGGAUCGUAUGAUUUAUGUGGGAUUUCCGAAUAUGCAAGAGCGCAUUGGUAUCCUGAAAGUGCUCGAACGAAAUACAGUGGUCAGUGGCAGCGUGGAUUUGACAUGGAUUGCCGAAAACACGGAAGGUUACUCGGGAGCUGACCUCAAAGCUGUCAUGCGAAAAGCUGGUCUUUUGGCUCUCAAGAAAAGCUUAUCGCUAUCGUCACAAUCGGAUGAAUCGGUUACUAUUGGACAACAGGAUAUACAAAAUGCCAUUCACGCUGUGACACCCUCAUCUUACUCAUCAUCAGCAUCCACAAGCCCAUAAUUGAUUUAUAACUCAUCAUCAUAUAUAUAUGAAGCUCUUAAUAUCAUCACAUUAAUAAAGCCCAUCUGUUCACAGUCUAUUGCUAUAUACUGAUUAACGAACAAUAAGAGCC